AUGGCGACGGCACAGCCAGAAUGGCGCGCUCCUCCAGCGCCAUCCGAACCAGCACGAGCCCGGCUGCCAGCGCUGCAUGUGUAUAAUUCUCUGACCCGCACCAAAACGCCAUUUGUCCCGAUCGAUCGCUCCGGGGAGAAGGUGACGUGGUAUGCUUGUGGCCCGACGGUCUACGACGAUGCGCACCUAGGUCAUGCGCGCAACUAUGUCUCAACGGACAUCAUCCGUCGUAUCCUCGAGGACUACUUCCGGUUCAAGGUGUCGUUCGUCAUGAACAUCACGGACGUCGAUGACAAGAUCAUCCUCGCCGCGAGACAGCAGCACCUGCUCUCCGAGUUCCUGGCGGAGCACGGGGACGUUGACGACGCCCUCCGAUCGACCACCCUCCAGGCGUUCAGCGCGUACAUCCAGAAGAACCUGCCCCUCGUGCGACAUGACGCCCCCCCCGAGGCAUACGCUCAAGCCGCGGAGCAAGCUUACGGCCACGUCUUGCAGGGCAAGAGCAUAGCCAACGACGGAUCGCCCGCCGGCGACAAAGAAGCCAAGCUCAAGAUGCAUCUGAAGACCGCUCAGGCUGCUGCUGGUGCCCUGCAGUCCUCCAACACCACCUUGGAGCAAUUUGCUCCCCAGGCUGCUGGCGUUCUUUUGCCAUACAUCGAUUCAUUACGUUCAUCGACGGUCCAGGGCAAAGACCAUGACAUUUUCACAAAGCUCACCAAGCAGUAUGAAGAACGGUUCUUCAAUGAUAUGAAAGCUUUGAACGUCCGGUACCCCGACAAGCUGGUUCGCGUCACGGAGUACGGCCCGCAGAUUGUAGACUUUGUCAAGCAGAUACAGGACAAUGGGUACGGGUAUGAACAUGAGGGAUCCGUGUACUACGAUACUACCGCUUGGGAGAAGUCGGGCGGAGUCUAUGCCCGAUUGGAACCCUGGAAUCGAAACGACAAGGACCUUCAAGCCGAUGGAGAGGGAUCGCUCGCAGCAAAGACCACGGGUUUCAAGCGGUCCGGCGCGGACUUUGCGCUGUGGAAGGCUUCGAAGCCUGGUGAGCCGAGUUGGGACUCGCCCUGGGGACAAGGACGGCCCGGAUGGCACAUCGAAUGCAGCGCGAUGGCGUCGGACGUCUUGGGAAAGCAGAUCGACAUCCACUCCGGCGGCAUCGAUCUGGCCUUCCCUCACCACGACAACGAGUUGGCUCAGUCGGAAGCAUACUGGGCCAAGACGGGCCGAGAUAGCGUGCAAUGGGUCAACUACUUCUUGCACAUGGGCCACCUCAGCAUCCAGGGCAGCAAGAUGAGCAAGAGCCUCAAGAACUUCACGACCAUCCGGGAGGCUUUAGCGAAACGGGAGUGGACCCCUCGGUCUCUGCGCAUCGUUUUCCUUCUCGGGGCGUGGCGGGACGGGCUGGAGAUCACUGGCGAGCUGGUCAAGGCUGGUGUUUCUUGGGAAGAAAAGGUCAACAAUUUUUUCAUCAAGGUCCGGGAUCUGCAGUCACAUCACGACCCUUCACGGCAGCCAGCUACUCUCGAAGGCCCCAAGGAUGGCGACGAUCUGGAUCAGGCUCUUGCUACCUCUCAAGGAAAGUUCCGCGACGCCCUCUGCGAUUCCUUCGACACGCCGGGCGCAAUGCGUGUGCUGACGGAACUCAUCACGGCGUUCAACUCUGCCAGCUCCGUCCGUGAAAGCACCUCUAUUGCCAUCGGAAAGUGGAUCACCGAAAUAGUUGUAAUGCUUGGUCUCGAUGCGGAUUACAAAGAGAACCAGCUUGGUUGGACAGGCAUUGACAUUCCGGAAGAAGCCAAAGCUUUCAUUUACCCGCUCGCCGAGCUACGAGACAAGAUCCGCGAACAAGCGAUCAAAGGAUCCAUCGAUCUCGACUCCCUCGGAGCUCUGAAUGAGAAGGGUACCACAUACGGCCCGGAUCAACCCUAUGCUGCUGCAUACGCAGACUUCCAGCGGAAAGUGUUCGAGCUCCAUGGCCGUCAAGCACCUUCCAAGGAGUAUCUCGCCGCCUGUGAUUACAUCCGCGACACUGUGCUGUGGAAUCUCGACAUCUACCUAGAAGACCGAGAGAACCGGCACGCACUCGUGCGCCCUCUUUCCGCAUCGCUCCGCCAAGAGCGCAGCGACCGCGAGUCCCUCCUCGCCGCCAAAGCCGCCGCCAAAGAGAAAGCCAAGGCGGACGCCGAAGCUGCGGAGAAAGAGCGCCUGGAGAAGGGCAAGCUCUCACACCUCGACAUGUUCCGCACCAGCGAAUACAGCGCGUGGGAUGCCGACGGGCUCCCGACGGCGGAUGCCGAAGGGAAGGAGGUGGCCAAGUCGAAGUCGAAGAAGCUCAAGAAGGAUUGGGAGAGGCAGAAGAAGCUCCAUGAGGCAUGGCAGGCAACUCAGGGGUGA